AUGGAAAUCGAGCAGAAAAACAAAUAUUCUUGCAGCCAAACGGGAUUUUACGCCAAAGAAAACGAGAAAUUCGCGGGAGGUUGUCUGUCGUUCAGAUUUUCGACCCGGGAGUUGGCCGACGUGUCUUGCAGUCGUCAUCGAUCCGCUUUUAUCUGUCGGUGGGAAAACGAGACGGAAACUCCCUUACUCUGCGAUCCAGACUGGACCUAUUCCUACCUUUCCGGCAGUUGCCUUAAAGAGGUCGAUGUCUCCGGGUCUUCGCACCACGAUUGCCGAGGUCGAUUCUACCGCCCGGACAGUCGGGAUUGGCCCGUCUCGGCCUGGGAAUUCGACCGAAGUGACCGGAACGAUAGCCGAGUACGGGGUGAAGCUCCCGACGAUUGCGUGGAAAAUUUUUCGAAUAAUGGCACGAUCGGGCAAAACUGCUCCCGGAAGAAUGGUUAUUUUUGCGAAAAGGAAGCCAAGAAAAUCGAGAUAAAAGCCGCAAUAAAACCCGGCCAUUAUGUACAGGCUUCUUCCGAUUUGAUCUUCUCCAUGGACGUGGAGGUGAGGAUCGACGGAAAGAAGUACGAUUACCGGGAAUUAACGGACGUCGUCUGGUGGAAGAACGAUUAUCCCGCUUUGUACCGAAACACUACCUACUGGCCUUAUUAUGGCGUAGAUGUCACUCCGUUGAAUGUCACUCGUUAUUAUUAUUCGUUUAAAUUACCCGGUUAUCCUUACAUCGUAUUUUCCGACAGUACGGACUUUCCGGAUUCGGAACUCUUCACCUACCUUUUAACCUUGACGAUUCCAAGCAUCUAUUCCAACGAAAGCGUACAAGACGAAAUAAGAAUGAUAUAUAAAGAACUGGAUUCGAAUAAAAACGUAACAUCCAUGAUUGAAGCCUAUAAGAUUAGAUAUGAUAGUGAUAAAAUCGGCUGGAAACUGACAGACGUAGCCAAGAAGGACGAUAAAAUCGUGGUGGACAUCGUGCUCCUUUUCCCGUAUUCAAACGACGAAGGAAUAAUAUACGAUGAAGAAGAAAUUCUGCUUUCGUUGCAAAAAUUCAUAAAUAAUUCCGGCACUAGAUAUUUCCGAAAGUGGAACGUCGACAGUUUCAAACUAACAUUUUCGGGUCGAUGCUUGAGAGAAGAACGUCGAUUCAAUAAUACGAAUUUCAUCUGGUACGACACUUAUUAUUCUCAAUCGGCGGCAUCUUCUCCUCCCUGUUUAACCGAAAAGUGGGAACUGGUGACCAGGAAGUGCCGAGGAAAAUAUGUCAAAGAAUCGAAAUGGGAGGACUUCGACUACUCCAAAUGCCUUCGGUCUAACCAGUUUUCAGCCAAAUCGCCCUUUCGCCGAUGCGCGCCGGGAUACGACGUCUGGAAAUUCAACCUGUGUCUGCAACAAUACCGAGAGGAAUUAAACUGGUCGGAUGCGGUCGAAGAAUGCGGCAAAAACGGCGGAUACUUAUUUUCUUCCCGCAUCGACGCUAGUAAUCGGGUGGAGGAUUUCGACUUCUUUUUCGAAUCGGAAAGGCGAGAGGAAGUGUGGCUGGGAGGACGCCGAAAUGCCGGCCAGUUUCAGUGGAUGGCGUUUUAUCCCGAAACCAUAAACGCAAGCGGCGCCACGAAAUUUCGUUGGGAGAAAGGACAACCCGCGCCGGGCAACGACUGUCUGAGCGGAAUAAUUGGCCGGCAAGAAAUUCUUCUGUACAGCCGGCGGUGCCGGGAGAAACGGCCUUUCUGGUGCAUGCAUAAAAAGGUCGAUGAAGAACAGUUACCUUCUAAUUGUCCGGAGGGUUGGAAAAGUUUGCCUUGGCUGGGGAAGUGUUACCGGCUGAUGGAAAUAAAAAUGAAUUGGAGGCGAUGGCGAGAGUAUUGCAAAAAACUAGGAGGAAGAUUGGCCACCCUCGAGCUCCCCGAAGUCUAUACCUUGGUUAAAAUUUUAAUAGUGGAACAUUACGGUACAAAUUUCGGCUGCUGGAUCGGACUUCGAAGAUCGAAGGACGGAUUUAUUUGGGAGGACGAAGGCGAAACCGUUCGGUACGUGGAUUGGGCCGCGGAUACAAAUUUCGGACCGAAUUACACGGCCGGAUUAGUGAAGAUCGUAAGAUACCGCAUUUUCUGGUCUCUGGACGAUCCAGAAAAAGAUUACUUUGGCAUCUGCGAAUCGACGGUCGAAGAUUCUAGAGUUUCCUGCGAAAUAAUCGUUGUUUCAGAAGGUGUAUUCAAAUGCCUUUGUAGUAAAAGUUAUUACAAAAGUGUCACGUGGUAUAAAGAUGGCGUUAUCGUCAACGGAACGAGAGGAUUGACGACCGGCGGCGAAGAAUAUUUAACCGUACGAAAUUUACUUUCUACAAAUACGAGCUUAGACCGGGGUCGACUCCAGGGCUAUUAUUGGUGCCUGGUGGAUCAGAAGCGACCUUUCGUCUCCGUCGCUUCGCCCCGGAUACUUUUCACCUUCAAAGACGUGUGGACGUUCGUCGGCGAGUUCGAUUCUUCUAUGGACUUUCUUCGAUUAGAUCCGAGCACGGAGGAAUAUUUUAUUCGAUGUCGGAACAUCGGCGAAAAGAUCGAAAAAGCUUUAACUUCCGUCGGACAGACUGCCGUACACGUACAUCGACUAUCGGAGACAAAGUGAGUGUGUAUUUAUAUAUAGGCUACCUAUAUUGCCUAACGGUUGUAACCAUUGAUUUCGGCCUCGGUUGCAGGGAUAAAAUAAAAGUAAACUUUUUCAUCUACACACGCU